ACUUCCCUUCCUAGCUGGACACAACGCCACAUCUGACAGGGAGGGAGAGACAGAUACAACCACAGGGGAGUGUGAACACCGACCUCAAGAUGCUGGCACUAAUAAACCGGCUUCUGGACUGGUUCAGGUCUCUGUUCUGGAAGGAGGAGAUGGAGCUGACGCUGGUUGGCCUCCAGUACUCGGGGAAAACAACAUUUGUAAACGUGAUCGCUUCUGGGCAUUUCAGUGAAGACAUGAUCCCUACAGUUGGAUUCAACAUGAGGAAGGUCACCAAAGGAAACGUCACCAUCAAGAUCUGGGAUAUAGGUGGGCAGCCGAGGUUCAGGAGCAUGUGGGAGCGGUACUGUCGGGGAGUUAAUGCAAUCGUGUACAUGGUUGAUGCAGCAGAUCGAGAAAAGGUGGAGGCAUCUAGAAAUGAGCUUCACAAUUUAUUAGACAAACCUCAGUUGCAAGGAAUUCCUGUGUUGGUACUUGGUAACAAAAGGGAUCUUCCCAGUGCUUUAGAUGAGAAGCAGCUCAUUGAAAAAAUGAAUCUCGCAGCUAUUCAGGACAGAGAGAUAUGCUGCUACUCCAUUUCCUGCAAAGAGAAAGACAACAUUGAUAUCACACUUCAGUGGCUCAUCCAGCACUCAAAAUCCCGGAGGAGCUGAAAAAGCAGGAGUUCUUUUUCCAGCUGUGUUUGCCAUGUUGCUGUCACGCCACACCCCCCGUCACUCUGCGAUGAUCUACAGUCUUAUCUUCAACUCACAUGCUGCUGAUGUUCUGCUCGUGUCACACAAUGUUUUCUCCCCCACGUUUCACCCUGUGAUCUUUCACAAACCCUGAGCAAUGCACUACUAAAAAUGUGAUUCUGAGACCAAAUUUAAGAUGCGUAAUUGGCAUUAUACGUCUUACAUGGAGUAAGAACCUAAUUUCUGAGCUACCUUUUACCAUUCAGGCCCUACCUGGUUGAUCAUACCCAGUGGUUUAUAACACUAAUCUUGGGUAUACACCCUCCUGAAGAAGGGUUGAUUCUGUCAAACAGGCCUAGCAUAACGGGAAAUGUUCCUCACACAGUCAGAUAUGAUGCCAGGUGAUGGCUGAUGUGGACAUGCAGGUUUUCCCCAUUUAUGUCGAGCUCUGUGCUGCGAUUGUCUUUGAUGACUGUCACCUUUCAUUUUGAUCAUCAUUAGAUGAUUGUUUCAUCUUUCAAGGACAAGUCUAUUGUUUUAGAAAACUGUGCAUUUAAGCAAUUGAAGCAGGUCUGUACAAAUAUCAUGCUAGUAUGAUUUUUACUGAUGUGAGAUGUGCGUGUAUGAAUAUAUGAUUCUAUUUAAAGUCUGAAUGUACUAAAAGUAUUUAGCUGUACGGGGUUGUGCGGUUCAUAUUGGCCUCUGUUUAUAAGUAGCCUCAGUGGAUUGAUGUCCUUUGUGCUGCCUCGAGGCUGAGAGAGUGGCAGAAUUUAAAGUGCCUUGUGCAAUGUCUCUCACCUCUGAAGAAAAGCAGCGUGCAAGGUGUGCCUACCUGAGUAGAGUGGGGGGAAAAAACACCACUUCAAUAUAUUCAAGAAAUAAAAAGGCAUGCUUUUUAAUUUAGA